AUGAUUGCACAGACCGACACACUCCCGUCCCCCGCAAACGGACCGACGCCGCAUCGGGGAGCGUCGUGCUUUUCAGCAGUUUGCGGAUGGAUGUGCAAGUCGGAAGGGUGGCUGCGCGCGACGGUAGGCCUGCAGGCCUUAGUGGCGACGGCGCGGCUCCUCACCCCCCGACCGCUGGUUUCCGUUGCGAAUUUCUUUCUCGUUUUCCUAGGUUUCAACAUCACAGCGACGCCUGCCGUCAUUCGUCUCUUCUUCCUCUCUUUCUUCGCUCUCAUCCUCGGACUGUCGGAUCUUUUCUGGCUAGUUAUGAAGUUUACCGGCCCUUUCGGCAGCGCGUGGCUAGACCCCAAGUAUUACUGGCGUCCCAUCUACCCUUCCGUCUACGAUCGCGCCUACCUGGCCUCGUAUCCGCCUUUCGACAAAACGGCAGACUCGCCACAAGGCGCGGGAGAAGCGAAACCUGUUCCGCCGCCCCUCCCGCGCAUGUACCCCCCGGAGAGGGCGCCGGCUGUGUGGCAAAUCUACGUUGAACUCGUGUGCUUCUGUGUUAGUCCUUUGAUCUGUUUUCUCACCGCUUGGCUAGCGUGGCGAAUCUACAAACGGAAUCUGCUUGAGCUUCAAGCAAGCGAAGUUGGGUUCUUCCUGCCUGCUGGAGAGCCCGAGUACGGGGCAACGGGAAAUGCGGCUUCGCCUCCCGGGUUCUACACGCCUGACCCAUCGCGGACGAUCGCCGGAGAAGGACAACCCCUCUUGCAGCCGUCUCGGGGAGCGCACCCCUUUGUUCCCUUUGCAGGGGAAGGCAUGCGUUUGGGGGGAGCCGACGCCGGGCGGUGGUGUGAGAACGAGGAAAAGCGCGAAGACCUGUCUUCGGGGACCGCAAGAAAGAGCGAAGAAAAAAUAUGA